AUGUCUAAUACUACCUCAAAAAGUGAGACAUAUUUAUUUGUUCAUGGAUGUUGGAAUGGAAAGUGGUGCUGGGAUCUAGCCUCCAACCUACUACAACGCAGAGGUCAUAAGGUGCAUUCCAUCACUUUGCCAGGAUGUGCUGAAUACAAUGCCCAAGCAACACGUGAUACAAACCUCAGUGUUCACGUUCAAAGUGUCAUUGACUACAUUACCACCAACGAUCUGAAGGAUAUCACAUUACUUGGUCACAGCUAUGGUGGGGUUGUGAUCAGUGGUGUUGCCGAUCAAUGCGCCAGCAGGAUCAAGACACUAGUGUUCAUCGACUCGUGGGUCUGCGUGGAGGGCCAGUCCUGCACCGACCUGAUCCCGCCCGAGUUCAAACAACAGUUCAUCGACAAGGCCAAUGCCUACUCCCCAGCAGGCUGUCUGCUUCCAUUCCCUGGCAUCUUCUUCUUUGGCCUCACAGACAAGGUCAUCGUCAGCUACGCAGAGGCCAUGUGCACGCCACAUCCACUGUUCACACUACUCGAGCCCGUACACUACAAGAAUGGUGGAUACAAUGCCGUAGCCAAGAAGUUCUACAUUGAGUGUACCACCACUUGGGAUGCCUAUCCACUACUAGAAGUUGCCAAGAAGAAUGCCAGAGACAACAACUUUGAAUUCCUGUCCAUCGAAUGUACACAUUGCCCGCAUCUCGAGAAACCUGUCGAGUUUGUCAAUCUCUUGGGUGACAUUGCCAACAAAGUCAACGGCACAGCCUAA